CCCAGCUUCCCCGCCCGAUCGUAUCCCAGCUACCCAGCUACCCAGCUACCAGUUUACCUAUAUCAUCCCAUAUCCCCCACCCAUCCGUGCAUUUCCACUCUCUGCACAAGUACAUACACCAAAAACUCACCCACACACAUCCGCACCAUGGCGUACACGCUCUCCAAGUCCGUAACAGCAUUCACCUUCCUGGACUGGCCGCCGUUGAUCUCCGGUUUCCUACGGAAGCUUCACAUCCUCCCCCCGCCCAAGCCGACGCCGCUACAGUCCAGCGACGUCCUCUGGCUGUACGACAACAUCGCGUAUCCCUCCUCGUCCUCACCAUCCGGCUGGACCGCCGAAUUCAUCGGUGCCUACUUCCUCGCCAACAGCGGCCGGGACGUGGCCGCGGUCGUCGCCGACAUCUCCGAGAAGCUGGGGCUGGCGAAGGGGGAUGCCGCCGAGGCGCGAAUCGCAGAGCGCGUGCAGAUGUUUUUGGACUUGGUCCUGGAGGCCAGGACCGUCGAGGUCGAGUUUGCGGGCCAGGGGAGGAUACUACUCGGCCCCUCGGGCGCUGGGGGCGUCUCGGUCAAUGAUAUACCCCUGCCAGGUGGGCCGUAUAGUGAUGGCGAGGAGGUGGUCUCCACGGCUCUGCUGCCGCAGGGAAUCGAUGAGGCGAAGGUCCUGGGCGCUAUGAGGACGAGGUUCGCGGGGAAGGACGGGUGGGGCGUUGUUUCGGACAUCGACGACACGAUCAAAGUGACCGAAGUGCGAGACCGGCUCAAGCUUCUGCGGCACACAUUCGCGCUCGAGGCGGAAGCGGUUGCGGACACACCUGAGCUGUACCAGCACCUUAACAGCGUCUUGCGCCCGGCAUGGUUCUACCUGUCCGCGUCACCGUACAACCUAUACCCAACGCUCACCCAAUUCGUGCACUCUCACUACCCGCAAGGACAGCUCCUUCUGCGGGAGAUGACGUUCCAAGAGCUCGAGAGCUUCGUGCUCUCGCUCACGGUGGGCACGCAGCAGUACAAGGAGAAGGAGCUGGCGCGCCUGCUCAAACACCUUCCGGAGCGCAAGUGGGUGUUUAUUGGCGACUCCACACAGAAGGACCCCGAGUCGUAUGCCGCCACGUAUAGGAAAAGCCCCCACGCUGUGAAGCGCAUCUGGAUCCGCGUUGUCGAGGGCGUUAAUUUGGCGGAGGAGAAGAAGUUGAACUCCGAGGAUAGGUUCAGGAAGGCGUUUAAGGGCGUUCCGGCCGAGGUCUGGAGGACGUAUAGGCAUGCGAGGGAGCUGCAGGACUUGGUGGGCGAGAUCGUGUAAACGUGGGACCGUGGGAUGGGAUGGGAACUGUAGGAGUCUUUGGGUAUAGCGGCGGGGGUCGGUAUCGUUUCGUUAUUGUUUUGUAGCCUUUUCGGUGGGGGUGGGGUUUUGUUUGGUUGGCUGGUUGGCUGGCUGGCU